AAAAUCGCUCUUCUUAAUCGAUUAGAGAGAUCGUAGGAAAAGAAGAAGAAAUAUAUCAUGUCCUUGGAACUUUUUCACGCAACAUCGACGGCAGUUGUACUAUGGACAUGUUUAAGUUUCAGCGUGGGUUUGCCACUUUCAGAAAAUGCUACUACUACCGUAGUGGUGGUGGUGCCGACGAAAUUUUUCAAAUCAAGGUCAGUAUUUGGUGCACAAGAAUAAUCGUUCGAUAAUAUAUAUAUUUCGUGUGUGAUAUUUAGCGCGAACAGGUCACCGACUUCGAUCGGUGCUAAUUUCUAUCGGUUACCUCCCUCUCCUGCUAAUUUGUUGAAACCCGAUGGAUUUCAAUUCUACACGUACAACGAAAGGGGUGAUAUGAUCACGAGACAGAUGACUAUACAAGAAAUUCAAGCUUUGAUCGCGGGCGGAGGUCCGGAUCAUUCGAACGUAGAGAUUCAAGAGCCCCAGAAAGCUCAAGAUAUUCUUACGGGUGGGAAGAAGGUAAUGGACGUUGUGGAGAAGGUGCAAAACGUAUUGAAAAGUGCUAUGGGUAAACCACCGUCAACUACGUUAACGGGCUCGCUCCCGACGAUCCCGGAAAAGGCAAACGUCGAAUGGAGUAAUAUCCUACCCGCUAUUUUGGCGGGCGACAAAUAUGAAAAUAAGGUGGAAGAAGCGAUAUCCGAACACGUGGACUCUUAUACGGAGAAAUUGAUGGUACCAGUGCCGGUGAUCACGACCGAACGGAAUACCGAAGAAUUCACCCAACGUCCCAUUUUUCACAAGGCAACCCAAGUUCCAUCCUCCUUGGACGAAAAGGUGUUGUCAGACACAACCACGACCACUGCUGCUCUCGUAUUUGCAGAUGUAACGUUCGAUUCGAACAAUCACCGAACAAUCCAAUCCACUUUUACCACCGAAUCUUCGACGAUACCAGCGCGCGAUACUACGACGUUAGUAACGAAAGAAAACGAUCUCCUAGAGUCAGCGCAAACUUUCAAACCUUUAUCCGUGGAAUUGGUCGAUUCGUUGUCAAGUGUUAUCAGUCAGGUCUCCGAAGACGUUCCUUCCGUUUUACCUGCCGUUUCUGAUAUCGGAUCGGUCAACGACGACGAUGCUUCUGAAAUUACAACAGUAUCGACAACAGCGUCGAUCUCACCUCUGCCGCACAACCAAAACGAAACGACCGAAGUUGACCAAGAGGAAAUCUUCUCGACCGUAUCGAUCGACGCGACGACAGAUCUCGACGAAACGACCACCUAUUCGGAAAUUUUCACGACAAAAUUCGACAGCGUUCCAUUGGCAAUAAACGUAACUUCUACGACGUUAAAUUCGAAACCGGUUGCAAUUGUCGACGAUAUACUUCGCACUGCUUCAACCGAAGCAAGUACAGUUGCUACCGAACCGCUCACUUUACCGAACAAUUUUUCAACCAACACUUUAGCAAGCGCACUUAUCGCCGGCUUUCAAUUACCCAAAUUGAACGGCAAUUCCAAGGUAUCCAUUUCUUCAGCUACCUUGGAUAAUGCAAGUACUCUACGUACUUCUACAACAAUACCUCCAACACCGCCGCAACAACAAAACGAACUGUCGAGCAAACCUACGGAAAAGUUGCAAGGAGGAAAUAACGAAUCGGAAAUAACACGUCUCGAGGUAAUCCCUCAAGAUGUUACGACAGAGUACGUAUCGUCGACGGAAGACACCAACCAGGAAACUGUAACACCGUAUCACACCACAGCACCGUACGACGAAUCGACGACUGGAAAUUCCUCCAAUGCGGCGGAGGACCGACCGUUGGUGGUUCAUAGCUCGAACGACACGAUUGAUUCGCGGUUGCACGCAACCACUGCAAACGAGGACGAAGGUAUCACAAGUGCAACGAACGCGAUCGAUUUAGAGCAGUUAGAGAGCAGCAAAAAGGAGAACAACAGCACGGAACAUGUCUGGCAGCGAAUAUCGUUACAUCCGACAACACAAGCGAUCGAAUCGCAGAUCGAAGCAGUUUCUUUAGACGCCUCGAAGAGCAUCAGCGGGUUGGACAGUAGUACGAGGAACGCGAGCAUCGACAUGGUCAAUUUUGCGAGACUUUGCAACGAACUCGCGAUGAAAUUUUGGAUCGCAGCCAACAAAGGAUUGAGUACCGGAAGGUCACUUGCCCUUUCUCCGUUCGGUACGAUCAGUCUGUUAGCGAUGAUUUUUCUCGGUGCCCGAGGAUCGACUUCCGAUCAAAUGAACGAAGUACUCGGACUCGACAACGUUGCCACCUUCAACCCUCAUCUGAUCUUUCAAAAUGUAACCGAUACAGUGAGCUUAGCGAGACAUCAGGGUAUCGCGAACGCGGCAUUUGUUCGCGAGUUGUUCGCGGACAAGGCCAAGGUGAGAAAAUUGUUGCCGUUCUACAAAGAACAGGCGCAACAGUUCUACGAGGGAUUGGUGGCCGAAGUAAAUUUCGCUACUAUCAGCGAUCUCGCGCGUCGACGAACCAAUCUUUUGAUUCGAAAACAAACCGGAGGCAGGAUAAAAGAUUUCGUCAAGAGCAACGCUGUUCCGUUAAGAUCACCGCUUGCUGCCAUUUCGGCAAACGUCUUUCAGACAGACUGCAACACAAGUUCAGCCAGUGCAACAGGCCGAGACGGGGAAUUAUACUUCGCCGUUUCAUCCGCGCACAGAUUGCGCAAGUUGAUCCCUGUUCCAGCCACUGUUUGGCGAUCGAACGUACUUGCCGGAUACGAGCCGAGUUUAGACGCGACCGCGAUCGCUCUCGGUGGUACCGAUAAGCUCGUCUCGACCAUAUUCCUUUUACCCGGUCAGCAGGGUCACGCUGCACCCGGUGACACGUUGGAUCGUCUGGAGCAAAGGCUCGUUAAAGGAGCCUUUCGGGAUGGAAGUUGGAAUAAAUUGCUCAAGGUUCUUAUACCUAGAACAGCCCUUGAAUUACAAAUACCAAAAUUUAGUCAUCGAUCUGUUGUAAACGCUACCGCUGCCUUGAAAAGAAUGGGCCUCGAUCGGUUAUUUUCUAGUCAUGCUGAUUUCAAAGGAAUUGGAAAUCGUCUCUUUCUAUCCGACGUUUUACAGAUGAAUCUGUUCAGUACGUGUGGCGACGAAAACAUAGCUAACGGACGACACCACGUGGAAAUUUAUCCAGCUAGUCCUUCCUUACGAAAUUCAAGACAACUUUCCGAGCAAAGUUAUUCGCACAGCACAAUUCCAACAAAGAGGGCAACGAGGAGGAAAAGGAGCGUCGAAAAGAAACCCAGAUUGAAAUUGGAUCAACCUUUCCUCUACUUCGUACGGCACAAUCCAACUGGUCUCAUACUCCAUAUGGGACGUUUCAAUCCUAGGUUAUUGUAGGACACCGAUCUGUAGGUAGGACGCAACUACGAAAACUUAUACUUUCUGCAACAAGAUGGCAUCGACGUAUGUAUGUGUAAACAUGUGUUGCCAUUUUUUUCUGCUUUCGCGCGCAACGACACUAGGUGUACACAGGAGAGUUUGCGCGGUAACCUUAUUGAAAAUUACCUCAAAAUUACCUUUCAACGAAUUUCACGAAAAGAGGAUCUACAAGAUUCGAAUACC